CCCCUCCCCAAUCCUCUGUCUGUGUAUACUAGAACAGAUCCCAUCACUUAUAUCUGCAGUUACAGAGCACUUGCUAGCAAUCUGAGGCCGGACUUCCUUCGCUGCUUAUCAGUGUGGUCACAUAGCAGAGACCGCAGACCGCAGAGUGCUGCUCAGGUUCCUGUAAAAAAUGCUGCUUCCCGUUGCUGCACUGCUUGGGCUCGCUGCGCUUUCCGCGUCAUUCCCUGUUGAUGAUUCAGACGAUGUAGGCAAACACUGGGUGGUCCUUGUGGCGGGGUCUAAUGGCUGGUACAACUACAGACAUCAGGCUGACUUGUGCCAUGCUUACCAAAUAGUCAAGAAAAAUGGCAUCCCUGAUGAGCAGAUUGUUGUGAUGAUGUAUGAUGACAUUGCAGACAAUUCAGAAAAUCCAACCAAAGGAAUAAUUGUUAACAGACCGAACGGGACGGAUGUUUAUGAGGGAGUACUGAAGGAUUAUACAAGGGAGAAUGUUACACCUGAUAUCUUUCUGGCCGUUCUGAAAGGUGACGCCGAAACCGUGAAGGGUAAAGGAUCCGGGAAAGUUGUUCAGAGUGGGCCUAAUGACAAUGUGUUUGUAUACUUCACUGAUCACGGAGCUCCGGGUAUCCUGGCCUUCCCCAGUGAUGACCUGAGUGUGAAAGAUCUAAAUGAGACCAUUCAAUACAUGUAUGACAACAAGAAGUACAAACAGAUGGUUCUGUAUAUUGAGGCCUGUGAGUCUGGUUCCAUGAUGAACCAUCUGCCCAAUAACAUUAACGUCUAUGCAACCACAGCUGCCAACCCUCACGAGUCCUCCUACGCCUGUUACUAUGAUUCAGAGAGAGACACUUAUCUAGGAGACCUAUACAGUGUCAGCUGGAUGGAGGACUCUGAUAUGGAGGAUUUGGCGAAGGAGACGUUACACAGACAAUUCGUGCUGGUCAAGAAACACACAAAUUCGAGUCAUGUGAUGCAGUAUGGAAACAGGACCAUUUCACAGAUGAAAGUGAGACAGUUCCAAGGCAGUGGCAAAACAGUGGCCCCACGCAUGUACUUAGAGCCCGUGAAACAGAUGGACCUGGUACCAAGCCCAGAUGUUCCUCUGACCAUCCUGGAGAGAAAAUUCAUGGCUACUAAUGACGCAGUAGAGGCAAAACAUAUUUUGAGAAGGAUAGAAUCACUCAAAGAUGCCAAAGCAGAGAUUAAAGAUUCAGUGAAGAAGAUUGUUUCCAUGGUGACUGAUUCAGACGAGAUGACUGAAGAGAUCUUCAGUGACCGAGUGAUCAUCAAUGACCUGUCGUGUUACCUCAAAGCUGUCGAGUACUUCAAGACCAAAUGCUUUAACUGGCACAACCCCCGGUAUGAAUAUGCCAUGCGGGAGCUGUAUACACUGGUGAAUCUAUGCGAAUCGGGUUACCCAUUUGAAAGAAUCUGCUGGGCUAUGGAUAAAGUCUGCCAAAGUUUGAACUGACAACUUCUAGCAAAACGGACUGUUCCUGCAGAGAGCGGUAGAGAGGGAGUUGAUGAUUAUGAUUAAUGCUCCCUGCAUUUCGCCCACCCGCAGCUGCUGCCCCCACUUUCAUUUCGUCUAAAACCUGGUCGCUCUUCAGUUUGAGGUGACCAUCCGUUUCCAAAGACUGUAGGAUUUCGCUCUACGAAGGCUGGUCACCUUAAAUCCUGGAAUAUCAAGAUGAGCUGUGUAAAUGAGCUGUGACAAACCACCAAACUGCAAACCAAAGCAAGAAGUGCACUAGCAUUUGUUGAGGACUAAAUCCCCUUUAACAGCAGAGGGUCAAAAACUAACCCCCCCCCCCCCAAAACAAAAUAAAAAAACAAUACAACUACUGUGACUGACACCGCCCCCCAGGCACAGUUUUACAACAAACUCCACAUUUCUUCUACAAUGAUAAUGUCCUAUACUAAGUUUUGCAUUACUACUGUAGUUUUCUGUUAUGGUGAGUUGUAAAAUUGUGAUCCACUUAACAGAAAGACGCACACCACUUUAUCUUUUAAACAUGGAUACCUAUUUUGAAAGGUGUCACCUGCAUACACUGUAGGCAGCCAUUUUGAGGCAGAACCAAUGUUCAUUCAUAGAGCAUCUGUAAUUAAGUAGGAACUGGAGAUACCACUAGGGCACAAAACCCCAUCAUCUUACAUGACUAUAGGCUAUCGUUUGGUUGGUUGGUUCAUUUAUUGGUUGGCCCACAAAAUGUGUGUCUCCAUUUAUCAGUGAAGGCUGCACUGUAAUAUUUCUGCUGCUUUAUGGCUGAAGUAGUCUACUUAUGAUUACUGUUUUAAUUUAUUUCCUUGAUGGAAGCAAAAUCCAGGUAACUUUUAACAAGUUCAUUUUAAAAUAAACUAGUCAUGAUUUUAGAGAGCCCUCACUGCUGCUUGAUCCGAGUCAUUUAUUAUAGAAUACAUUAAUGCUGGAGAGAAGUGUGAAUGCUAUAUUUCAGCCAUAAGGCACAGAAUAAACAAUGAUUAGCAUACCAUGUUAGUAUCAGCUGGAACAUGCGAGUACUUAUAAAAAGGGAGUUUUUACUUCAAUUUAAAAAAUAAAUAAAUACUUUCUGUGAUUAUUGAUGAUUCAAAAUAGCUUUGACAUGUACAACUCUUGCUGGAUUAUCGGGGUUAUAAAUAAACAUUUUAUGUUGUAUAAAA